GGGAGUCUGCCAUCGGGCCGAGACAGGCUGCUCCAGCGGUCGAACAAGUGCCAGUUGCUCGGCGGCAGUUGCCGGAGUUACCACGGCUGAACACACGUCCGCGUCCUUAGCUCGAGGAUAUCCUCUUUUGCAUGUAGAUCUACCCUCAGUUCGGUGUCCGUUGUUUGUUGUUCACCGUUUGUUUAUUAAUCGUUGCUGGUUACCCAUUACUCGUUAUUUAUUCUUCGCUCACUGUUUGUCCUUCGUUGUUCGUCGUACGUCGUUCACUGUUUGUUGAUUAUCCCCUAUUGCUUCUCUGUUGUUGGUUAUUUAUUGUUUGUUGAUCGCUACGUAUUCUCGGUUGUCGUCGUUCGUUGUUGAGUCACACGACACGGAAAGUAAAACGGGAAAUCGAGUCGCCUUUCGAUUCGCGCGCUGCCAGCUCCGAAAUCUUGCCAGGGAAAAGGAAAGUGGGCAACGGAGGGCAGGAUCCGCGAGACAGCGCGCGACACGGUACGCAAACAGAGAUCAUGAAAAGGAGGAUGCCAUGUGCCUGGAACAGUGAGUGCGUGUGAGUGGCCAGUGCGUGUAAGUACGUGCGUGUCGGACCAGUGGCUUCGGUCCUUCGCCCCUCGAGGACGUACUACCACCACCAGCCGAGGACACGAUGAUGAUCCCGAUGAUACGCGCUGCCAUCCUCCUAUCCGUCUUCGUUCAUCUCGAUGCCGUCGCAAACACCAUCACUAUGGCCAAGGAGGAGUGCAGGAGGAGGAUAGCCGAGUGCACGAUGAGUGACGGUGCGAGCACACCGGUAUGUGGGAGCGACGGUGUUACGUAUUCAAGUCAGUGUCGGGUCAUCUCGAAGCAGUGUCAAGGCAUGUCCAUCCUUAUCAAACACACUGGUCCUUGUCCAGAGACACCGGCGUGCUUCUCCGCGAGGUUGACCGCCAGGCCAGGCGCGCGACCAGUCUGCCGGCCCGAUGGCACUUACGCACCUGUGCAAUGUCACGAGGAAACCGGGUACUGUUGGUGUGUGACGCCGCAGGGCAGACCGCUGCCCGACACCUCGGUAAGACACCAAAGACCAAGAUGUUUGAAACCCGGUCCCAGAUCUGCUGCUUCCACCAGGAGCGGGCAAAGGAGGCGCUCGCCGAGCUGGAAGCAGCGAAGGCAGUACAGCAGUAAGCACAGGAACACCUGCGAUCGCGCGGAGAAGUCCAAGUUUAACGGGAACCUAAUCGAGAACUUCAAGAUCGAGUAUAGGCGGACCAACAUCUCCACCGACGUAGGCGACAAGAACGUGGAGCGCGUGUUGUCGUGGAAAUUCGUCACCCUCGACAAGAACGGCGACGGUUACCUGGACAGAGCAGAAUACAAGGAGCUAAGGAGACUCGCGAAGAAGGCGGUAAGGCCGAAGAAAUGUGCUCGCACGUUCGCCCGCACGUGCGACCUAAAUCGGGAUUUGAAACUCUCCAGGCAAGAAUGGGGUGCCUGCCUUGCGAACGACUUCACUCUACGUUUGUUCUUGUCGCUGAACCCCGCAGACGAGCGCCCCGAGGUCCCUGAGGCCCAGAGGACCCGGGCCAUGGACCAAGUGUUAAAAGGAAACCCUGCACCGGUACAUUCCCGACCAACAUUCAAUGAUGAUCCUACGGACACUAAAGAAGAUAGCGAUGCAAAUGAUUGUUUAACUGAUAGAAGAUCUGUACUGGAAGAUGAGAGGCAGCAUUCUCAAGAGAAAUUCUAUGUACCUGAAUGUACUCCUGAUGGAAGGUAUCAUCGAGUGCAAUGUUAUUCUGGCUACUGUUGGUGUGUAUACCAGGAUACUGGCAAACCAAUCCCUGGAACAUCUUCUAAAGACCGUACUCCAAAUUGUAAUCCAGUACCAACUCCUAGCAGACCCAUGAAAGGUUGCCCAGAGCAAAAGAAACAAUUGUUUCUACGAGAUUUAAUGGAUCUAAUGCAAAAGAAGAUGAAAGCCUCUGGGACAGAUUCAGAUGAAACAACAGCUAAGUGGCAAGCUUCGAAAGAAGAGCAAAUAGCAACUUGGCACUUUGUUAUGCUCGAUAAGAAUAAAAAUAAGGUUCUAGAAAGGAAAGAGUGGAAAAGUUUCCGUACAAUGGUAGCAAGUAAUAGACAGCUUCAAAGAUGUGGCAAAAGAUUGCCUAGAUACUGUGAUAUCAACAAUGAUAGGAGAAUUAGUAUGACUGAGUGGCUCAGUUGUCUAAAUGCUCAACGUCCUAUGCCAUCUGAUAGCACAGAAAAAGCAUCAACGAGUAAACCGAAAAGGAUGGGUCCCAAUCCAUUGGAUCAACUCCUUAAAAACGACGAUGAUUAAAAAUUUAUGUGAUAUAAUGUGUGUUUGUCAUUUCAUCAGUACUCUUAGUGAUCAUUCAUUUAAUACAUUGAUCAUAACACGAGCAAAUGGAACUUUUAAAGGAAAGCCAGUUAGUGUUAACAGAAUUCUAUUUGUAUUUUUUUUUAUAUCCGGUGAUAAAUACCACUGUCACGUCAUUUAUUUUAAUAUAGAUGAUAUUUAUCUGUACCUCACAGAUUAAUAAAUUCAGUAGUGUAUUUUAGCAUAAUGAUGAAGUGUAGUUAUAAGUAUAAAAAUAAUGAAGUAUUAUGGACAUACGAUCGUGUAUAUAUUUAAUAUUUUUGUUUCGGUGCUAUGCACGAUACCGCUUUCUCAUGACUACGAUAAUGCAAAUGCCAAGUUAGGUUUACAAUAUGCCGAUUGCUAUAGAACUCACUAAUUUUAAUGUGUUUGUUACAUGAAUACGACUCAAAAUUUUGUUAUAAUUUAGGCUUAAUCAAUUUAGGCUUAUACACUUAUAUGAUUUCUUUC